AACCCACUUUGGAAUGUCAGGAAAUACUCUAUUUUCAUACCGAAAUUAAAGCUCAAUAAAUGUUGUACAAAUCAAUAGAGAAUACUUCGGUUUUUGGAAAGUUUUCACAGAAAUCUUCGGAAUUAAGAGAAUAUUUUUUAAUGAUUUUACGUGCGGAAUUAGCAUGAACGGAUAAAAUUGAGUAUUUCCCGACAUUCUGACGUGGAUUAGAUGGAUUUUGACUGAGUUACGCUUUUUUUAAUUUUGGAUGAAAGUAAUCAAAAAUGGAUUAUUUCACGUAGUAUAAGUUUUCACGCGAUUCUUGCAUUUUAUUCUGAAAACUAAUAUUGUCACGAAAUUUAGCAUAGUCGGUAACCUGUGCUUUUUUCUCACAGUCAUAAACCUAACAGCAGAAUUGUGCUAAGGUUCAGAGAAAACGCCUAUAGUCCACGAAUCAUGCAUUUUCGAGAUGUCGCUUUAAAUGCACGUUUGUGGAGGACACUUUUGAAAUCUAUCAAGAAACAUUGACCUAUUUCUAUGGCAGUUUUCAGAGAUCCAAACUGAUUUUCCAAAGUUUCUCUGAAAAGUGGCUUCGGAAAACUUUUCGAAUAUUGACUUUGCUUAUAGAAAUGUAGCGUCAAGUGUCUAGUUUCCAAAACUGAAAAUCGCAGAUUUUUAUAACUUUUCUAUCAAGUGUUAUUCAAAAAACAACCGAGGCCACUGUUCAUUUGGAUGGAUAAUAGUCGCUUAGAGGCUGUGUUUUACUGUUUUAGGCCAAAUUCUAGAUCCGUUAUGUACCAUUUCGAAAAAUAUUCUACAUACUGAAGUUUCCAAAAAUUUCAGUCGAAAAACUUCUUGAUCAAAUAGAAGGCAUCUCAAAAUUCUAUAAAGAAUUCAAUAAUUUGAAGUCAAUAGCCACAUGUAUGUCAAAAGUCACAAAAUAAUACAUGAUAUUUGAAUAUAUUUAGAGGUUAUGUAUGCGAGCGUAUUGCGAGAAGCAUAAUUAGUCUUUGAGUCUCCCUGUUGAGUGUCUUCACACAGUGUCGUUUUUUUCUUGUGUGAUAUGCGAGAACACAUCUGAAGUGUUCGUCAAAUAUUGGAGCAUCAUUGAAAAAGAUAUUUCUUCAUAAAGGCAUUUCAUCUAUGAGGACAUAUGUUGUGUCGUCAGCUGAUACUUAUUUUAAAGAGCGCACAUUUCUUUUUGCAGUGAAGUCUUUAGAUGGCUUUUAUUUUCAUGAAAUCGCGGAUUUGAGUUUUUCAAUGUGCAUAAAACGUAUUCGAAAAAAAUAGCUAAAGAUUUUUGAUUUCAUAAGUUACAUAAAGCGUUUUUACAGACACGGAAAUCCGUAACACAUAUUUUGAACCAUCCUUUAACGAUAUUUAAUAAAAAGACUUUAGCUUAAGUUACAAGCGUACAAGGUUACAAACUAGAAAUUGCAUAUAAAAUUUCGUCAAAUCAAGGGCAACUGGGAUAUCAGAGUUUUAUUAAAAAAUUUUUAUUAAAAAAACUUUUCUUAAAACUUUUAAUGAAACUUCCGAUGUGGUCGAUGGCCCCAGAUUUUCAUUAAAAUUUUUAAUCAAAUUCUUCUGCUAUGAAAAUCAUUUUAAUGGAACUCAUGCUAAAAGUUUUUAAUGAAAGUUCCGGUGUUUUCAUUAAAAAAAAACGCUUUAAUGAAAGUCACCCAACCCGUACAGCUUUAAGUACAUUAUCACUCAAUAAAAUAAACUAAAUAUGUAAAACAAGGAAAAAGUUUCAUUGACUUUUGUUUACGAUGUUCUUUUAAAAUAUAUCUCAAAUCCACAGUAUUAGAAAAUAAAGAUUUUUUAGUUCCUCUAAUCCUUCCAUCAUACGGAUGAAGUAAAGGAUAAUAUUUUCUGGAAAUUACGAGGGAUUUGAUGACGGGAUGUGAAUCUUUUAGCUUAGUAUGCUUUUAACUAAAUAUCGUAUUCAAUAGUUAUUUUCGCUUUUUUCAGAAAACAAACAUUACUAGAAGCUUAAGAAUAAUCCAUCAAUAACCAGUUUUCAUAUAUUGAGAAGAUUGUGAACCCACUGAUUUUAUUUUGCAGUAUAGAAAUGAACAUGAUUUGAACGAAACUACAUAAAAUAAAUUCACGCGCUAAACUUUGAGAAAAUAGAGAGAAAAUGGUAAUCGGUAGUCUUAUGUUCAUGGAACUUGUUAAAUGUCUCUCAUUCACUGUAGAUUGACAACAGUUGAAAUGAAAAAAAAUUCACUUCACUAUUCAUAUCAGUGGAUAUAGAACUGUUGAGUUUAUAAAAGAGCAAAUAAACUAACAUAAACAGCAAUUAAUAGCUGUACUCAACUAGCUCUUGAUCGCAUGUGCGUAUUGCAAUCUAACAAUUAUAUCGAAAGGUGUUAAAUUGAUAAAGGUGAUUAAUUCUUUCUUUUCGUACGAUUCUCGCGUAGAUAUCAGAAAUAAAGUGACUGUUGUUAUUUCAUUUCUGUUUUGACAAGUGAGUAGAACGAAACUAAAAUAAUAUUUGUUCUCUCUGUUCUUUUUCAUUCUACCCCGUUAUAUUUGUUCCGAAGUGCGUUUUCUUAUUCUCCUUCUUUUACAUCAUCAUUUUUUCUCUAGAUGACUUCUCAUUAUAGUUUUCGACUUUGUCGAUUACAUUUGUGGUCAAACUAUUGUGAAUUCGGUUUUUGCAUUGCUAAUUUGGCAGGUGAACCACCUUUUACUGUAAACACCGUUAUUGCAAAUACUCCAGCAUCAACCGGUGGUCUACGUAAUAAGGAUGUUUUAUUGCAAGUGAAUGAUGUGGAUGUGACCAAUGCUGAAUAUAAAUUUGUCGUGCAAUUUAUAGAAAACAGACGUGAUAACGUAGGAUCAAUCGACAUUUUAGUUUGUGAAUCAGAAGAUUAUCAAAAUAUGAAGUUCGGAAAUAAAUUAUUCGAUCCUAAUUUAGCUAUUCUAUUAGAAACACCAUCACAAAUGCCAGUUGAAAUAAGUCAUCCAUCGAACGUAGAAUGUUCCAAACAUAAUCAGCCUAUUUUCCCAUCAUCAUGGACAUCAGUAGAUUGUCGUCACUCUCACCAAGUACAAUGUUUACAUUGCUCUAAACUGGUUUGUAUGGAGUGCGCACAAAAACAUGUUUCAAUGGUGAAUGAUCGAGUGGGCGAAACACAACAUUUAUUUAACUCAAAAAUUGAUGUGUUAAAUCAAAUUGAAAAAAAACUGAAGGAUGAAAUCAGUUUAGAAUUUAAAAAAGCAAUGAGACAAUUGAUAAAGGAGCGUGAUCGCUGUUAUGCACAGCUAACUGAAAAGAUUGAAACAAAGAAACGGGACAUAACGGCAAAUAAUGAUAAAAUGUUAAAAUUGCCAUUAAAUGAAGUAUCAGUAUUCAUCGACAAAGCAUUGGAGCAACUGUCUAAUUUAAGUGAACUUGAAAAAUUAUUUAGUAUUGUAAGUGUCGCACGAAUGCAAUUACAAGCGAAAGUAUAA